AUGCUGACCCGACGCUGGGUCCUCGCCGCUGUUCUCGCGGUCGCCAUCAUGGCCGUCGCUGCGCACGAGCAUGGCGCGCGCGGCCAUCACCACCAUCAUGACGACGACCAUGGCCAUUCGCACGACCAUCGCGAUCUUCUGCGGCCCGAGGCGAUGCCGGCGCCGCCCGUUGGAUGCCCCCAUCACCACGCCCAUACCAAGCAUGCACGCCACGGUGAGCAGGACCAUGACCACAGCCACCAUCAUGGCCACGACCACGACCACAGUCAUCACCACGGUCACAGUCACGAGCAUCACGAGAAGCAGGCGCCUCCGGCCACGUCGUUGUCCGAGUGGAUGCAGCUGUCGCUGUGGACCGAGGCCCUUUUCGCCACUGCGCUUGUGGGCGCCGCGCCCGUCAUCGUUCUCUUCUUCGUGCCGCUUGGCCGCUCGACCGACGUGGCGGCGCAGAAGCCGCUCCUUCGCGUCUUUCUUAGCUUUGCCGCGGGUGGUCUUCUCGGCGACGCGCUCUUGCAUCUGCUACCCCACUCGCUGCCAAGCCAUGUCGACCACGACCACGACCACGACCACAACCACGGUGGCGACGGCGGGCACACCCACUCGGUGGCCGACCUCGCGCCGUACCUCUAUGUGCUGGGCGGUCUCCUCACGUUUCUCAUGCUCGAGAAGCUCGUGCGCGCGCACACAGGCCACGGACACUCGCACGGCCACGACAACGCGGAGCACAAGAAGAACGACGACGCCCCGGACGCGACACAGACCUCGAUCGCCGCGGCCGGGUACCUCAACCUCGCCGCUGACUUUUCCCACAACUUUACCGACGGCCUUGCGAUCGGCGCAACGUUCGUGCACGGACGCGGCAGCGGGUGGCAGACAACCGCAGCGAUGCUGCUGCAUGAAGUGCCCCACGAGAUUGGCGACUUUGCCAUUCUAUUGCAGUCGGGCUUCACGCGCCGCCAAGCCAUGUGGACGCAGUUGUACACGGCGGUGGGCGCCAUGGUCGGCACGGUCGUCGGCUUGCUCAUCGAGACGGAAGCCGGCGCGUGGGUCACGCCAUUCACCGCCGGCGGCUUCAUCUACAUUGCAUGCACGAGCGUCUUUCCCGAGCUCCUCGAAGACGCCUCGUUGAUGCAGUCGCUCCUCCAGCUCGCGGCCAUGGUGCUCGGCAUUGCGCUCAUGCUUUUGAUUGCGCUCUUCGAGUAGCUCGCUCGCUCGCGCGUACAUACUGUGCACAGCAAACACAAAUUAAUCCAUCAUCUACCAUGACCA